CGGCGUGCAGAACAGGGGGCGGGGCCUGGGGCCUGGGUCCUGGGCUGUCACGGGUCGGGGAGGGAGGAUCCGGGAGGGGAAGCUUCCUGCUUUCUUAAGGGAAGUUGCGGACAUGAGGAGGCAUGUCCUCCUGGUUCCAGAAGAAGAAACAGGGAGACUCGCACCCUGUGCAUGACCAGCCCUUGGACCUCAGUCUGACAGCCUGUGACAUGGGCGGUGCCGUGCGCAUGCGCAGAGCAGGCCUGUCGAGCAAAUACGUGUAUAUCCUUGUUGGGACCUCCGUGGCCGUUCUCCUCUGCCUCCUCCUGCUGGUCCUCCUCUUAGUCCGUCGCCGGCGUCAGAGAAAACACGAGUCCCUCCACAGCAAAGGCGGGGAGCAGAGGCCCCAGGAGAGGCUCAACCCGGCUGCUGACAUCACAGAGGGCACCCCAGAUGAGGCCACAGUCUGUGCACCUCCUGAGAAAAACAGGGAGACGCCGAGCCCAAGCCCUGAUGCGGGAGACGCCCAGGAGGUGACAUACGCCAGCUGGACCCCACCGAGUCUGUCCGUGGGCUUCCUCUGGGCCCCAGGUGGGCUCUCCCCUUCGCUGCUGGAACUGACGUCCUGGGUGACCUUGGACGCCACACCUUGA